CAGACGGCGCCUUUGGCUUGUAACCCCUCCCAGUCUCUGCUUCCGCUGUUCAGUCUCCUGCGCUCUAGUCUCAGCACCGGCCGCAGCAAUGAAAGGUCCGACCCACGUGCAGCUUUACACCGGGGCCCAGAUGCCCAUUGUCGGACUGGGGACAUGGAAGUCUGAGCCAGGGAAGGUGAAGGCGGCGGUUGCUAAGGCUAUUGAGGUUGGAUACAGACACCUGGAUUGUGCUUACGUGUAUCAGAAUGAGACGGAGGUGGGAGAGGGGAUCCAGCAGAAGAUAAAGGAAGGAGCAGUGAAGAGAGAAGACCUGUUCAUUGUCAGCAAGCUGUGGAACACCUUCCAUGACAAGUCCAUGGUGAAGGGAGCCUGCCAGAAAACUCUGUCCGACCUGAAACUGGAUUAUCUGGAUCUCUACCUGGUCCAUUGGCCGACAGGAUUCCAGGUUGGGGAUGCGCUCUUCCCAAUUGACAACGAGGGAUGUGUAAUUCCGAGUAAUACGUGUUUUCUGGAUACCUGGGAGGGGAUGGAGGAGUUGGUAGACGCCGGGCUAGUAAAGGCCAUCGGCAUCUCAAACUUCAACCGCGAGCAAAUUGAGCAGCUGCUGAAUAAACCAGGACUGAAACACAAGCCGGCGGUUCACCAGUUUGAAUGUCACCCCUACCUGAAUCAGAAGAAACUGAUCGAUUUCUGCCAGUCCAAGGGUAUCGUGGUCACUGCCUACAGCCCCCUGGGCUCCCCAGAUCGGCCUUGGGCCAAACCUGAGGAUCCGUCUUUGCUGGAGGAGACCAAGAUCAAGGAAAUUGCCAAAAAAUACAACAAGACGUCAGCCCAGGUUCUGAUCCGGUUUCCUAUUCAGCGGAACGUUGUCGUUAUCCCCAAAUCUGUCACCCCGGGGCGCAUUGAGGAGAACUUCAAGGUGUUCGACUUUGAGCUGUCGCAGGACGACUUGGAAGCCAUCUUUAGUUUCGAGCGAGGCUGGCGAGUGUGCGCUCUGUCCUCUGCCAGGAAGCACAAGGAUUAUCCCUUCAACGCAGAGUAUUAGGCGACUCACCAGCUCUUUCGUCUCAUCGUUUCUCGUUUCUUCGUUACAAGGUUAUUUCCUAGGUUUGCGGGAAGCUUCGGAUUUUUGAAUAAGGGGCAAAUGCCAUGGUCGUCCUGCUAUUCUUUAAGUGCCUGUGAUUGGAUAACAUGGCCACAAACUGCAGUCUCCGCCCACAGGGGUGUGUCCUUGAUUCUAAAAGCUACAUAUCUGGGGCACUAAGAAUUUUUUUAAUAGUUGCCAAAGUCGUGGCUAGCAGAGACACUAGCCCUGCUGUUUCCAUAAUCUUGUGUCCCUUGAUGAUGCAGAACUACAACUCCCAUACAUGAGGGUAGAGGAAUGCUGUGGGAGUGGCAGUUCAGCGCCAUCUUGGGAUCAGAGGUUAAGAAAUGGGUUUUAUUGGUAAAUGAGUCCCCCAAAUAAAGAAAGCUUGGUCAGAACCAGUGGAAAGUACCUUGUCCACGUAGAUAUGGCGUCACCUCUACAUCUCCAAUAGUGGAUCACUCCAUUCCUUGUGUAACUUACUGUAACUGCCCCGCAGGCAAAUCUGUUCUAUUAAAAACGGGAAAAAGUC